UGCGCGCUCCCCAGAGCCGAGAGCAGGAACGCAGCGAUGGCGGAGGGGGGAGGAGGUGGUGGCGGCGGCGGUGGUGAACCGGGCCCGGCACAGCCGCAGCGAUCAGCAUGUACGCCGUCCCCAGGACCGGCACCGGAGCCCGCCAGCAGCCCGGAGCCCGAGACCCAGAAGGCCGAGCUGGGGGAGAUGCUCAAAGCGCCGCUGAAGAAGGGAGAUGAGUGGUAUCUCAUUGACAGUCGGUGGUUUAAGCAAUGGAAGAAGUAUGUUGGUUAUGACUCCUGGGAUAUGUACAAUGUGGGAGAGAGCAAUCUCUAUCCGGGACCUGUUGACAACUCAGGUCUUUUUUCAGAUGCUGAUACUCAGGCACUAAAGGAACAUCUGAUUGAUGAACUGGACUAUGUUCUGGUGCCAACUGAAGCAUGGCUGAAACUGAUGAGUUGGUAUGGCAGUGUAGAAGGACAGCAGCCCAUUGUGAGAAAGGUGGUUGAGCAUGGCAUGUUUGUAAAACAUUGUAAAGUUGAGGUAUACCUCAUUGAGCUGAAGCUCUGUAAUGACAGUGACCCAGAUACCCUGAUUCCACGGCACUUCAGCAAAGCAGACACUAUAGAAACUAUAGAAAAAGAAAUGAGAAAUAUAUUUAGUAUUCCGGUGGAGAAGGAGACCAGACUAUGGAACAGAUAUAUGACAAAUACGUAUGAGCAGCUCACCAAACCAGAAAACACUGUGCAGGAUGCAGGACUUUAUCAGGGCCAGGUUCUGGUAAUUGAACAGAGGAAUGCAGAUGGUACAUGGCCCAGGCAAUCACAGUCAAAAUCAAGCACAGCAACAAGUAGAAGCUUUACUACCUCUGGAAAAUCAUCAACAUGCAGUUACUCUGCCUCAUCGUCAUCCUCCUCUUCAACUAUUGCAAAUGGGGAGAGCAGCAGCUCCUAUGCACUGAACAACAGUUCCAGGUUGGGCAAAGGCGGAUAUAGCACCUCCUAUAAUUCAUACAGCUACAGAGAACCACAGUCUCAACCAGGUCUUUGUGGGCUCAGCAACCUUGGCAACACCUGCUUCAUGAACUCCGCUUUGCAGUGUCUGAGUAAUACUCCUCCACUGACGGAAUACUUUAGAACAGAUGAGUAUAAGAAGGAGAUUAACCGAGACAAUCCACUGGGGAUGAAAGGAGAGAUUGCAACGGCCUAUGCCGAUUUGAUCCGACAAAUCUGGUCAGGGGACCACUCCUAUGUGGCUCCACGAAUGUUUAAAACCCAGGUCGGCAGGUUUGCACCCCAGUUUUCUGGCUACCAGCAGCAAGACUCUCAAGAGCUGCUAGCUUUUCUGCUGGAUGGUCUGCAUGAAGAUCUCAACAGGGUUAAAAAGAAGCCCUAUUUAGAGCUGAAAGAUGCCAAUGGCAGGCCAGAUUCGGUUGUAGCCGUAGAAGCAUGGGACAAUCAUCUGCGGCGGAACAACUCUAUCAUUGUUGAUAUUUUUCAUGGCCUUUUUAAAUCCACACUGGUUUGUCCAGAAUGCUCUAAAGUCUCUGUGACCUUUGAUCCCUUCUGUUACCUGACUCUUCCACUACCGAUGAAGAAAGACCGGACUAUGGAAGUGUUUUUGGUCCGUGCUGAACCCCAGUGCAAACCAACACAGUACCGACUAGUUGUACCUAAGAUGGGAGCUGUUUCUGACUUGUGCGCAGCUUUAUCUAAGCUAUCAGAUGUGCCCGCUGAAAAUAUGGUGGUAACAGAUGUUUACAACCACCGAUUUCACAAAAUUUUUCAGAUGGAUGAAAUGCUGAGCCACAUUAUGGAGAGGGAUGAUCUCUUUGUCUACGAAGUUAAAUCUCCAAGAGCUGAUGAUUCAGAAUGGCUCACACUGCCCAUAUGCUUCAGGGAGCGGCGUUUUCGUCAGACAACUUCUGCUGGCACAGUUCUAUUUGGACAGCCACUCCUAAUCUCUGUACCAAGACACAAUCUCACUGCAGACACCUUGUACAAUGUUGUCUUGGAGAGAAUCCAACGUUACUUGAGAUCUCCACUGCCGGAGGCGUACAGUUGCCUAAAUCUUGAUGCCCGGGCAUGCAAUGGCUCUAAUGGAAUUUAUGAUGAUGAGGAAAUGGAUCACGAGGAAGAAAGAGAUGAAAGGGAAGAAUCACAAGGAGAGUCAAAUGGCCAAUCAGAUGAUAGCGUAGAGGAUGAAAGCUCAGAAGGCGGCUGUAGCCCUUGUAACAAGAUGCCAAAGAAAGCCCAAGAUUGCCGCAAGAGGCUAUUUACCUUCAGUCUUGUCAACUCCUAUGCUACAUCAGAUGUGGGUACCAUGCCUGCUGAAGGAUCCAUCCUGAAACUUAACUCAUAUUCUACUGUUGCAAUUGACUGGGAAACUGAAACAAAGAAGUUAUAUUAUGAUGAUCAGGAGGCAGAGGCUUUUGACAAGAAUGAAUCUAUGCUGCAGCCCCAGAAGAAAAAGAUCACGGUGGCACUGAGAGACUGCAUUCAACUUUUUACCAAGACUGAGACCCUUGGGGAGCAUGAUCCUUGGUAUUGUCCGAACUGCAGGAAGCAUCAACAGGCUACCAAGAAGUUUGAUCUGUGGUCUCUGCCAAAAAUCCUUGUGGUUCAUUUAAAGCGUUUUUCUUACAACCGCUACUGGAGGGAUAAACUUGAUGCCGUGGUGGAGUUUCCAAUUAGGAACCUGGAAAUGUCAGAGUUUGUCUGUGAUCGAGAAGCAACUAACUACACAUAUGAUCUUGUUGCUGUUUCAAAUCACUAUGGAGGGAUGGGAGGUGGACAUUAUACAGCAUAUGCAAAGAAUCAUCUAAAUGGACAAUGGUACUAUUUUGAUGACAGCAGUGUUUCUCCAGCAUCUGAAGACCAGAUUGUGACAAAAGCUGCCUAUGUUCUAUUCUACCAGCGUCAGGAUAGUGAACACUUUAAAACCUCUUUGCCUACUGUUUCACUUGGCACAUCUGCAACAGAGGAAGACCUGGAAGAACAAGGGAAGCAGCAGGAAAUUGACUCUAUGGACACCAACUAGCAAUUUAAUAUUUUUGACCUUGCCAUGUGCAGUUGUAAAGCCCCCAUGCCAGGCAACCCCUGGGACACCUUAAUCAAACCCCUGUCAUUCUGCUGCAAGAUGUACAUACUUCCCUUGAAAUCUGGGGAGCAGACCCCACAAGCAAAGAUGAAAUACUGCUAAAGAAAGCUGAUUUCUAUGGAUUUAAGAUUUUCCUCAAGAGAAAUGGGGAAUAUGAAUAUAUUAAAAAAGAAAGAAAGAAAACCCUUUUCAUGCAUUGUUCUUAUAUGGAACAAACAACUGGUGAUCUUGGAUAUAAAACCCCAAGUUUGGGAAACAAAAGCCAAAUCGUAUAAAGAACUAUUCAGUCCAAAAGGUAUUGCUAAUGUAUGGUUUGGUGGCCCAUGCUUAGCAAAGGAAUUUUCAGUUUUAAAUGGCUUUCAAAAAGAAAAAAGUUUCUUCCUUCUUCCCAUCUAGCCUUGUUUAAUUUGAGCAAACAAACACCAGCAGCCUUUAAAAAGUAUAUUUUUAAUACAGAAUAUGGUAGCCCUUGAUAACAACUGUUUCCCAACUGUUUUGUUGCUCCACGGGGGUCGUCUUUGUGUGAGACAAGGGGUGGGGCUGGGCAUGCUAUUGAUCCUCUAUUGACCCUGCGGAGUAGUGGAAUUCAGGCGCUUGCUUCAAGAUUGCAAAGACCAUUAAAUAGUAAAUUAAAAUGCAUCUGCUUAGGAAGCAGGGUUUCUUUUUUUCCCCCUCUUUUUGGGUGGGUUGUAUUUAUUGCUCUUUUAUUUUAAGAGGACAGUUUCCAAGUGUUUAAAGCGUUAUACCGUGUAUAAAUGUGAGGACAUAGUUUGCUGACUUGUGUGUUUUAGCCUUCAAUGCAUCACGCAGUCUGUGUUACUCGGUGAGCUGUGGAUACAAAGAGAUGUAUCGAUAGAGAGCAUGGUAAUACAUUGAAAAACUGUUUGUUCUGAACUUCUCCGGCAGCUAAGGGGUUAAUUAAAAGCCACGCUCAAGCACUCUUCUACUGUUAUUUACAAGUGUCACACAUUAGAGCAAGGUUUUAUGUCGACUGUGCAAGGAGUUCAUAUAACCUGAGAGGUGAACUCUAUAGCUGUUAAUGGCAUUACACUAUGCUUUUGCCGCAGAGUCAAGCAUUGAUGUAUGUGCAGUUCCACAAAACUGUAGAGUUGCCUCUUUGCUAGCCCUGCUCUAGAGCCAAGCGUGAUCUGUACAUUGUGUUCUGUCAUUUUAACAAGUUCUAAGUAAAACAACCUACACUUUAAAUU